UUGCCAGGCACAGCCUCCCGCCGCCCGCCGCCGCCGCCCCCCGGUCUUUUGAUUUGUAAGCACCGCGAACGUGCGCUGUGCACGAGUAUGAGAGGCUGCGCUGAUUAGCUAACGCGUACAAGCAGUUAAAGCGAGCGAGAUACGACAGAGAAGAGGGGUAUUUCAUUAGGAUUUUUUAAGGGAAGACGACAGGACAGGACGGGAUUGACCAGCGUUUAGUUGCUGAGAAGAAUGGGAUGUAAGUGAAAAUGCCCAGCAGCUGAAAGGAAUUUUUUAACCGUUUUAAUUCGAAAUCUGUUGGGGUUUUACAUAGGACUUGUUCUUGGGUACUGUCUGUAUUUGUAAGGAGGCAAGCGCGCGCCUCCAACACCCGAAAAGAGCUGCUCGCGGGAGCGCGCAUGAGUGGAUAUACGCAGCUGAGGGGAGUUGUAAUGUCUUGAAGCAGUUUCCUGGUGCCCUUUCGAAGGAUGUGCUGCGAUUGCUGAUGGGAACUGCUGCUCCAAUAUGAAUGUGCGUGAUGUUGGGGGGAGACGACGCUUUGAGGACUCAGAGUUCACGCUGCGGAUCUACCCCGGGACCAUAGCCGAGGGCACCAUCUACUGCCCCGUGUCGGCCCGCAAGAGCACUACGGCCGCAGAAGUCAUAGACCACCUCAUAAAUAAACUCCAACUGGACAAGACAAAAUGCUACGUGCUGGCGGAGGUCAAGGAGUUCGGAGGGGAGGAAUGGAUCCUCAACCCCACGGACUGCCCGGUCCAGCGUAUGAUGCUGUGGCCCCGGAUGGCACUGGAGAACCGCUUCAGCGGGGAAGACUACCGGUUCCUGCUGCGCGAGAAGAACCUGGACGGUUCCAUCCAUUAUGGCAACCUGCAGAUGUGGCUGCGAGUCACAGAGGAACGGCGGAGGAUGGUGGAGAGGGGCUUCCUCCCUCAACCCCAGCAGAAGGACUACGACGAUCUCUGCAACCUUCCUGACCUCAACGAGAAGACCCUCCUGGACAACCUGCGCAGCCGCUUCAAGCAGGAAAAGAUCUACACCUAUGUGGGCAGCAUCCUCAUUGUCAUCAACCCCUUCAAGUUCCUACCCAUCUACAACCCCAAGUAUGUCAAGAUGUACGACAACCAUCAGCUGGGUAAGCUGGAGCCCCACAUCUACGCCGUGGCUGAUGUGGCCUACCACGCCAUGCUGCAGCAAAGGAAUAACCAGUGCAUCGUUAUCUCUGGGGAGAGUGGCUCCGGCAAGACGCAGAGCACCAACUUCCUCAUACACCACCUCACCGCCUUGAGCCAGAAGGGAUUCGCCAGUGGGGUGGAGCAGAUCAUUCUAGGGGCCGGGCCUGUCCUGGAGGCAUUUGGAAAUGCAAAGACGGCUCACAAUAAUAACUCCAGCAGGUUUGGGAAGUUCAUUCAAGUGAAUUACCAUGAGACGGGCACAGUCAGGGGAGCUUACGUAGAGAAAUAUUUGCUGGAAAAAUCUAGACUGGUCUAUCAGGAGCACAAUGAACGGAACUACCAUGUUUUUUACUACCUGCUGGCAGGAGCAAGUGAAGAGGAGAGGACGGCGUUCCAUCUUAAACAGCCUGAGGAGUACCAUUAUCUCAAUCAGAUGACAAAGAAACCCCUUCGACUGCACUGGGAAAAUUACUAUGAAACAGAGCUGCAGGACUGUUUCACGGUGGAGGGGGAGGAUCUGAAACACGACUUUGAGCGAUUGCAGCUGGCCAUGGAGAUGGUGGGGUUCCUGCCUGCAACUCGUAAACAGAUCUUCUCCUUGUUGUCUGCAAUCCUACAUUUAGGGAAUAUCCGUUACAAGAAGAAAACCUAUCGGGAUGACUCCAUUGAUAUCUGUAAUCCUGAGGCACUGCCAGUCGUGUCGAAGUUGCUAGAGGUGAAGGAAGAGAUGUUGUUUGACGCUCUCACUACCAGGAAGACGGUGACAGUGGGAGAGAGGCUCAUCGUGCCUUAUAGACUUUCUGAGGCUGUGACAGUACGGGACUCCAUGGCAAAGUCCCUGUACAGUGCGCUGUUUGACUGGAUUGUGUUCAGAAUCAACCAUGCGCUUCUCAAUACUCGGGACCUGGAGGAGAGUACAAAGAUCCUGUCGAUCGGAGUUCUUGACAUCUUUGGAUUUGAAGACUACGAGAACAACAGUUUUGAACAGUUUUGCAUUAACUUUGCCAACGAGCGCCUACAGCACUACUUUAACCAGCACAUCUUCAAUCUAGAGCAGGAAGAAUACCGAUCUGAAGGUAUCAGCUGGCACAAUAUUGACUACAUUGACAACACUGGCUGCAUCAACCUCAUCAGUAAGAAGCCAACUGCAUUGUUCCACCUGCUGGACGAAGAGUGCAAUUUCCCACAAGCUUCGAACCAGACCCUCUUGGACAAGUUCAAGCGGCAGCAUGAGGGAAACAGUUACAUCGAGUUCCCUGCUGUUAUGGAGCCAGCUUUUAUCAUCAGGCACUACGCCGGCAAGGUCAAAUACGGAGUGAAGGAUUUCAGGGAGAAGAACACAGAUCACAUGAGGCCUGACAUCAUUGCCCUUCUGAAGAGCAGCAAGAACUCCUUCAUCUGUGGCCUGAUGGGGAUUGACCCUGUGGCUACCUUCCGCUGGGCCGUGCUGCGCUCCUAUUUCAGAGCAGUGGUGGGCUUCAGGGAGGCGGGCAAGCGAUACGUUCAGAAGAAAACGGGGCAUGAUGAUGCAGUUCCAUGUGCGGUUUUGAAAAGUGUGGAUAGUUUUAGCUUUCUGCAUCACCCAGUCCAUCAGAGAAGCUUAGAGAUUCUGCAGAGAUGCAAGGAGGAGAAGUACAGUAUAACACGGAAAAGUCCCAGAACACCUCUGUCAGACUUGCAGGGUGCUAAUACCAUCAAUGAGAAGACACAGCGGGACUCCUUGAGCCUGGGCUGGAACGGGCGCAGUGUUAGACAGGGCAGGCUCUCCUCCUCCGGGUCCUUGCUUGAAGAGGACGGCAUCUUCAUGAACUCCACUAGCAGCAAGCUGCUGGAAAGGGCGCACGGUAUCCUCAUGCGGAACAAACACUUCAAGUUAAAGCCAAGCCUACCAAAGCACUUGCUGGAUGUGAAAUCCCUGAAGUAUCUCACAAGCCUGACACUCCAAGACCGCAUCACUAAAUCUCUGCUCCACCUGCACAAGAAGAAGAAAACGCCCAGUAUAAGCGCUCAGUUUCAGGCUUCCCUUAACAAGUUGAUGGAAACGCUGGGACAAGCCGAGCCCUACUUUGUCAAGUGCAUUCGCUCGAACGCAGAAAAGCUCCCCCUGCGUUUCAGCGACACCUUGGUGCUGAGACAGCUGCGUUACACAGGCAUGCUGGAGACUGUCAGGAUACGACAGUCAGGGUACAGCAUCAAGUACACCUUUCAGGAUUUUGUUGACCAUUUCCAUGUCCUGUUACCUGAUGGCACUGGCGCUUCUCAACACAGCAUUCGAGAAUACCUGAGCCAGGUGGACGUCAACCCAGACAGCUUCCAAGUGGGGAACACCAUGGUGUUCAUGAGGGAGGUGGAGAGGCAGAGGCUGCAGGACCUGCUACACCAGGAGGUGCUGAGACGCAUCAUCAUCCUGCAGCGCUGGUUCAGAACACUGCUGGAGAGGAAUCACUUUCUCGGCAUGAAGCAGGCUGCUACUGCUAUACAGCGAUGGUGGCGGAGCUACAGAAUGAAGCAGACAAGAGCAGAAGCCGACGCCGACCCCGCCCUCCUCCACGGAGCUGCCACCAGUAUCCAGUCCUCGUGGCGAGGAUACAGGGAGCGGAGGAGGUUCCUGCAGAUGCGGGGAGCUGCCUUCAUCAUACAGAGGAGCUGGCGGGGGUACUGCUACCAGAGAGGGGAGGCUGCAGUCUGCAUUCAGGCAGCUUGGCGCAGGUUUAGAGACCUGAAAGAGAAGAAAAUGACAGAAAGGCAGCUGGAAAAUGGACAGAGGAGUCCAACUGAGGAGGAGGAAGAGACAUUUGGGAACAAGGACAUCCCGGAGAUUAUGGGAGUGGAUGCCACCAACUGGGAAGACCGCUCCUAUAAAGAUCGAGAAACCUUUCUGCGCAGACUGAGCUCAACGCAGGAAUGUAACCAAGAAGAAACGUCGAGAGACUCUCGCUCAGAAUCUCUGGACAGGACAGUAGAUGAUGAUAAAGGUGGUCAGGGUUACACAGGGGUUCUGCAGGAAGUGGUGGUUAGAGAGAGGCCAAAAUCUCUGGAUGACCCCAAGCAGAAGAAAGUGGUCCGGGCAAAAAGAGAGAGUCGUAGAAUGAGGGAGCUGGAGCAGGCCCAGUUCAGCCUGGAGUUGCUGAAGGUCAGGUCUACUGGUGGGGUGUCUCCAUCUGAGGAGAGAAGGUGGUCCACCGAACUAAUCUCCCCGCAAGGCACUCCAGAUAGCGAAAGCUCACGGGGCAGCUUUGAGCUUUUGAGCAUUGAUGACUAUCCAAAAGUCAAGCCUGCUUCUGCAGAAUCGGAAGAGACUGGCUCUCUGUCCGGGUUGCUAGAAAAUCAUGAUAUUUUAUCCAGCAGCCCUGCAUUGCCUGAUAGUCUUCCGACAGAGUCCGUGAUACUGGAUUCUGAGCCUCUGUCCACCAGUCCCUCCUGUUUGACCCCAAUCCCUAAGAUCGAGAACAGCCUGCCCAUUUUCUACAUUCCUCAUUCCAAGAACUCCACUGUUGCCCACAGGACCAGCGAGGAUUCUGCUGCAGCUGGCAAGCCAGCUAAAGAACGGAGAGAGUCAGUCCGGAAGCCAGUGGUGGUUGUGAUCAGUAUGAAGAAAGACACAGUGCUGGAUGACGAAAGUCUAGUACAACAACCUCCCCAGAUGCGGGACAGUGAGUCUCAAACAAUAGAACUCCCUACAAUGUCCAGGGAAGCAUGUAGCAGCAGCAGCGUCCCGGGAGGGGUUAACUCAGCCGUCCUUGAGAAACUGGAGAAGCUGAAUGUGGAGAAGGCUGAACGACAGAAACAGCAGCAGCAGCAGAACGAGAAGGACAUGAUGGACCAGAUCCGGCAGCAGAAAGAGAUCCUGGGGAAUCAGCGCAAGGUCUUCGAGCAGAAUGAGAGGGACAUGUUCGAGAAGCAGCGCGGAGAGGCCCUGCAGAAAAUCGAGCAGAGCCGACGGAGUGGGCCGCCACAGCCCGUAGCUACGAGCUCCAAGUCUGUGGAAAGACCGCAGUCCCUCCUAAUCACCCAGGGGCCGUGGGAGCCCGGCGCACCCCAGGGUGUGUCUCCGUCCGCAAUGGACAUCCAGAUCAUCCCAACAACAGACACUGGAGAUAAAGAGUCCUUCCACCCACUGGCUAAAGAGCGUCCAAUCAGCAUGUUUCUGGACCGCAGGGAUGGGCUGAGUAGAGCUCCACAGGACCUUGAAAAGAUGGACGGAUGGACCCCCAAACUGCAUUUGGAGACGCGGGAUGGUGCUGCCAGGAACGAGCGUAUUGGGCAAGCCAAAGUUCAAAGUCCGAGCAUAGACAGCACAGCAAUUGACAGGCCCACACCGAUAUUCUUCUUGCCAAAGGACAAUAGGGUUGCAUUCACCAAGUUUGAAAAGGAGUCUGCCAAUCAGGAGAAGUCUUCUGUCCGUCGGAAAGAGGGGCCUGCAAGUAUGAAGCUUGUAAAAGUCCCUGGACAGAAGGGGCGCGAGGUUGCGAGACCAGCCCAUAAAAAGAAAGCCCGCAUGGCGCGGACACGCUCCGAUUUCCUGACCCGAGGUACAAACCCAGAGGGGGAGGGGGAAUCGGAGGAGGAUGAGUACGAUGACACCCCCAUCUCGCCCCCUCUCUCCCCCAGCCGGCCCUGCCCCCGGCCGGAGCCCCUGGUUCGCAGUGGGCAGGCUUGUCACAGUGACUCAGAAAUGCCAGCCUCACAGACUGAAGACCAGAAUAUGAUGCAUAAAACUAUGUCCUCUGGGGAUCUUGGCAAGAUGGACAGCAUGAGGAAGAACGCCAACACCGAUGGAAGAGUGAGAGGGAAGAUGCGGUUCUGGGGCAAGACGAAGCAGGGUGAUAAGAAGCUGUCGAGAGAGAAGCUGGCCUCCCAGGUGGAGCAGCACGAGCUGCAGAGGGAGCACGAGGGCCUGGACAUGGGGCUGCACAUGGGUGACGGUCCGGAGCGGCAAAUGACGCCCCCGCGCAGCCCAGACCUGGCCAUGGAGCGAGGGAAGGAGUUCAAGGAGAACAAGGAGCCCUCGCCCAAGGUGAAGCGCCGGAAGAGCGUCAAGAUCAGCAGCAUGGCUCUGGAGCAGGCCCAGUGGCAGAACGACUCCUUACAGAUCCUCACCAGCGCCAACGACUACAAGUGUAUGAACGAGUUCCUGCAGAAGAAGAUCACUGACCUUGACACAGAAGACAGUAAGAAGGACACCCUGGUGGAUGUUGUCUUUAAAAAGGCUCUCAAAGAGUUCCGCCUCAAUAUCUUCAACUCCUACUCCACAGCUCUUGCGAUGGAUGAUGGGAAGAGUAUCCGGUACAAGGACCUGUACGCCCUGUUUGAGCAGAUCCUGGAGAAGACGAUGAGGCAGGAGCAGAGAGACUGGAGCGAGUCUCCCGUCAAGGUCUGGGUGAACACCUUCAAGGUGUUUCUGGACGAGUUUAUGACUGAAUACAAGACCCUGGACAGCACAGUAGGAAAGGCACCAAAACCAGAACGCAAGAAGAGAAGGAAAAAAGACUCAGACAUUGUGGAGGAGCACAAUGGUCACAUCUUCAAGUCCACCCAGUAUAGCAUCCCCACCUAUUGCGAGUACUGCUCUUCCCUCAUAUGGAUGAUGGACAAAGCUUGCGUCUGCAAGUUGUGCAGGUUUGCCUGUCAUAGAAAGUGCUGUUUGAAAACGACAACAAGGUGCAGUGUAAAGUUCGACACCGAGCUGUCCUCCAGGCAGUUUGGGGUGGAGGUCUCCCGUUUGACCAAUGACGAGCGGACGGUGCCCUUGGUGGUGGAGAAACUCAUCAACUAUAUCGAGAUGCAUGGGCUGUACACAGAGGGCAUCUACAGGAAAUCAGGGUCCACCAACAAGAUCAAGGAACUCAAGCUGGGACUGGACACAGAUGUUAACAGCAUGAAUCUGGACGACUACAACAUCCACGUCAUCGCCAGUGUGUUCAAACAGUGGCUGAGGGACUUGCCAAAUCCGGUCAUGACCUUUGAGCUUUAUGAAGAGUUCCUUCGAGCAAUGGGGCUGCAAGAAAAGAAGGAGAUUAUUCGAGGGGUGUACUCUGUGAUCGAUCAGCUCCCCCGAACUCAUCUCAACACACUGGAGCGCCUCAUCUUCCAUCUUGUGAGAAUCGCGAUGCAGGAGGACACCAAUCGGAUGUCUUCCAAUGCGCUCGCCAUCGUGUUUGCUCCUUGCAUCCUUCGCUGUCCCGACACCAUUGAUCCUCUGCAGAGCGUUCAGGACAUUGGAAAGACAACUGCGAGCAACUCCCUGUCAUUGCAACUGAUAUGUGUUGAACAGAUGAACAAGUACAUAGCCAGACUAAAGGACAUCAACAGCUUGGAAUAUGCAGAGAACAAGGCCAAGAGCAGGCUGACUCUUGUACGGCGGUCAAUGAAACCUGUACUAAUUGCUGUUAGAUUUAUGAGCAUAACCCGCAGUGCGAUCCCGCCAAACAACACUAGAAAGGGCAAGGGCCGGCUCCGCAGGUCCAGUUAUCACACCCCCUCAUCCCCGGUGGGGACCCGGCUGCCCUCGGUGUCAGACGUGCCAGACGAGCGCGCUAGUGAGGAAGCCGGUGUGGAGGUGGAGCUCUCGGAGCAGCAGCAGGUGGCCAUGCAGCAGGAAGAGCGAGUCCUGACCGAGCAGAUUGAGAGCCUGCAGAAAGAGAAGGAAGAGCUGACGUUUGAGAUGCUGGCUCUAGAGCCCCGUGCCUCUGAUGAUGAGACGCUGGAGUCAGAGGCCUCGAUCGGGACAGCAGACAGCUCGGAGAACCUCAACGUGGAUUCGGAGGGAGCUGCGUCAGACAUGUCAGAGAGAAGCUCAGUGUGGGCCGCUUCCCGGCACAAGCAGCCUGAAUUCUGUGGGAAGACGCGCAGGCAGUUGCGGAAGCAGACUGACUCGGUGGACUCCAUGGACUCAACCUCCACAGUCUCCUCCGUCUCCUCCGCCUCCCACCUGCACCAGGGAACAGGCCAUCGCUUCCGCUUCCGAUCCAAAUCCCCGUCGACUGCCUUCUACCGAGCCAGCCCUCCCAGAGACACGACAGAGCCGCGGCCAGAACAGGGUGCGGAUGAGCGGCCUCAGUUCACCAGCCGGGGGACCUUCAGCCCCGAGAAGGGAAAGCAGAAGCUGAAGACCAUUAAAAACUCCCCCCAGAAGCCCCGGGAACCCCCCGACUCAGGAGGAGGGAGGAAGAGGAACCCCGAACCAGACUUCGGCUCCUCACAGCAGCUGGUGGUGUACGGGAGCAAUGAGUUCAUGGUGUGAGGCCACAGGACAGUGGAGGGAGCUGAUAUUCGUAACUUCAGCGCGGUGCCACCUCUUAUCCUUUCGCACACUGCUUACUCGUCCAAAUCAGCAGCGUGCAAAAUCAUCCAUCUUACCUGCAGCCCAAGAGUGCUAUUCACAGUUAAGUAGGAUGUUGAAGGGGAGAGAAUGGGGUGGACAUGUGUUCACAGAACUCAAUGGAGAAAGGCUUAUAUUGCUGUGGCCUUAACUGCAAUUUUUUUUUUUUUGUUAACUUCAAAGCCUAUGAGGUGCUCCUAUGAAAUGAAAUGAAAUGUCAAGCGAGUGGAAAGUGGGGGGGGGUGGCAGUGUGUUUACUGGGCGAUAUUGCUACACGAAGCAGGGGGGAGAGGGAGAAGGAAACAAGUUUCGGCUGGGGAAAGGGGGCACUCUUACGCUUUCAAGCACUCCAUUAACUUAAUAUAUAAAUUAUUGGCUGCUUUGUGGUUUUACAUUCAGAACAAUCACGCAGCAUGUUUCAUAAUUUUUUUUAAUUUUUUUUUGCCAUUUAAAAGAUUUUAAUUUAUAUAAUUGAAUAUAUA